AUGCAUGAAGCGUAUGGAGAUUCUCGGUUCUGCUUCGUCCCGCGAGGCAAGUCUGGGUGGUCGCUCCGCUUCUUCGAGGUGAUCUUUGCCGGAUGCAUCCCGGUGAUGAUCUCUGACAAGUGGGAGCUGCCGUUCGAGGAUUUCCUGGAUGUUACACGCUUUGUGAUCAAGUGGCCCUCGACACAGAUUGGGCCGCAGCUGCUGUCAUAUCUGCGGUCUCUGCCGGACAGUGUGGUGCAAAACUACAUGGACGAGGCAGAACGGAUACGGUGCUGGUACUUCUACCCGCCAAAGGCUCCGAUGCCCGGAAUGCGAGCAUGCACGAAGAUGUGCUGGGCCAAUGCAGCCAGUGGAUACAUGCCGGCGCACGUUCAUGUCCGCAGUGUCCAGUUUCAUUGA